CUCACUGACAGGGCACGUGACACCUCAACGAUUGGAUCAACAUUUAGCCACUUGCAUCAUCACCACAUUGUCAUUGGCUACUUUGGAUGCCCAUCAGUGUUUUUCACUGUCCCAAUGUAAAGUUCCAUAGCAUGGAUACAAUGUUGCUAACAGACACGUUCCUCAGGCUAUAUCAGUGUUCGUGACAAGAAGUGUUAAGGUACCUAAAAUCAAAUAUCAGGACCAAUGUCAGCUAUUCAUAACGGGUCGACACGGACAGAAGAAAAAAAUCUCUUAAUAAGGAAUACAUCGACUUUGACAUUGUAGCAGUGACGCUUGUCUCCUUACCGUAUAAAAUGAACUAUGCCUAAAAGUGGACGGAUCACUUAAUAUGUACAAGACAUCUGAGACACCACCAUGGAGAACAACGAUGCACCUGUCGAGUUUAACGAUGACAGGACAGUGUGUGUGACAUCAGUGAAAGAGUUAAAGGACAACUGGCAGAGAUGGUCCAACGAGCACCAGGAGUACCAGAAACACAACCCCUUCAGUAACGACCGGGGGGCUAUGGUGAGUGUGACUGCCCAGCAGCAGAGGCUCCAGCAGGACCAGGAUGGCUACGGGAAGCCCCUGGAGGGCUCCUUGACAGAGCAGAGGGGCCAGGACGCCCACGUCCACAUCAGCCGGGAGGUGGAGGAGCUCUGCCAGGUGAUCAGGGACAUCGGGGAGAGCCGUGGCGGUGGGGACGGAGGCAGCGAGGAGAGACCUGUGGUGACGGUGGAGUUUGGGAAGCUGUUUGAGCACUAUGUGAACAUCUCCAACAAGGUGGUGGGGAUCCUGCUGAGGGCCAGAAAACAAGGCCUGGUCAGCUUUGAAGGGGAGAUGCUGUGGCAGGGGCAGGAUGACAGGGUCCUCAUCACACUGCUAGUCACUGGGAUGUGAUGACAGGGUCGCCAUUAUGCUGCUGCAGUGACCAGGUUGAUGCAGCCGAUGGACAAGACGGUAACCAAGGCCCUGUCCAGAAACAUCCCCUAGCCCUUAGGCACUCAUGUACAGUAGUUGUGAAAGGAUUGGAUAGGUCUAAGCAAUAUGAUGAAAAUUACAUUAGGUAGCAAGGUGCAGCUACAACACCUAUCAAUUUUUUCAGAUUUAACACCUGCACCUAGCAGGGGUAGUUGUUUCUGGGCAGGGUCCAAGAGAACCAACCUGUGGCAGCAGUGACAUGCAAUAUGGUGCUGUAGGAUGAACCUGAGCCUAUUGGCCUGAAUGGACUUUGCGUUGCAUUCCCAGUUACACCACACCGCUACACUGUAAUCUACAUAGCGUUUACAAUGUUCCUUAGCAACCUUUGUAAUUAGACACAGAGGAAAGGUGUACUUUUUAGGGCACAAAUACAACACACUGACACUAUAGGCUUAUGUUAGAAAUUCUGGAAGUAGGCUAUGAAACUGCAUACAUGGUUGACAAUGUAGCAAAAUGUACCACCGUUAUAUUUACAUUCAGUAGAAAUAGCACAUCACUUUUUGGGCCACUGGCAUUUGUGGAAUUCACAUUGUUCAACCUAACAAGGGUUGUUUGAGGAAUGCUUUUGCAGCUACUUGCACUCAUAACACAAUAUGAUGAAAUAUACUGUAACACUUUACUCAUUUGAAAAAUUAUUAUUUUGUCAGCAAUUAAUAUACUUUAUUCCACACACACACACACACGUGUUCAUGUUUACAAAGGAAAGCACUGAUGUUUUUCAAUAAAGUCUUCCAACAGAUCACCAAAACUGACUGUUAAUUCAUGAUAAAUUGCAUUAGAAUGAUAGGUAACACUUUAUUUAAAGCCUGCAUAACAUAUACUUUUUAUAAGGCAUUAGAAAAGGGUCAUAAACGUUUAUAUCAAGUCAUUAAGCCUUAUAACUGCAUACUUUACAUUAAGUGUUACUGAAUGAUGUUUCCCAUUAAUGAGAGACCAGGAAGGAAAUCUAAUACCCUAGUGGAGGCAGCAAUGCAUCAUUUAUUUAACCUAACCAUGAACAACCAUUUACAUAAAUACAUGUUGAGAUUUUUUUACAGCGACACGUGAACCAAUAAAUACAAACACAUGACGCUCUCAAUUUCAUGCAGCAGCAUACAACUAAACAUACAUUACAUAACCGAAAGGUUGCUAGAUCGAAUCCCAGAGCUGACAAGGUAAAAAUCUGUCGUUCUGCCCCUGAACAAGGCAAUUAACCCACUGUUCCUAGACCGUCAUUGUAAAUAAGAAUUUGUUCUUAACUGACUUGCCUAGUUAAAUAAAAGGUCAAAUUUAUAUAUUUUUUUAAAUAAUUACUUUGUUGAGUGUUCCAUCAGGCUGCAGUGCAUAACAAAAUUAAGAAUCACUCUGCAACAUUCAUAAUCAAAUAACACAGUUAAUGUAGUGUAUUGUGUUAAAAGAAUGUGUGACUCAAACAAUUGUUUAUGGAUGACUGAGCUCCUACUAUUAUGUAUCUUGAUGAAUUAGUAAUGUAGGUAUUAUUCAGUGAAUAUAUUAAACCUCCACACCAGUGUAUACUUCCAUUUUACUCUUUGAUCAUAUAUGAUUGAUUACCAUUCAUGCAAAACAGUUGCUUUUCUGACCACUUGACUGAGGCCUAAAAGAGCUCAUACUUCUCA